GCAGAGGCUGGGGACAUGGCUGCGCUGGCUCGGAGCGUCCUGGUGACAGGGUCCAACCGGGGCAUUGGACUGGAGCUUGUGCGGCAGCUCGCCGCCAGCCCCCGGCCCCCCCAACACAUCUUCGCCACCUGCCGCGACCCCAAGGGCCCAAGAGGGAAGGCCCUGCAAGAGUUAGCUGCCCAGCACUCCAGCAUCAAACUGGUCCAGCUAGACACAGUGAAUUUGCCCAGCAUCCAAGGGGCCAUGAGGGCUGUGGGGUAUCAUCUGAAGGAUCAGGGCUUGAACCUGCUCAUCAACAAUGCAGGCAUCAGCUCCCACGCCACACUGCGCUCUCUGGACUCACGGGAGAUGCUCAACGUGUUUGCCACCAACGUGGUUGGGCCACUCCAGGUUGUUAAGGAAUUUCUGCCGCUCCUGGAGCAGGCGGCCAAGAGCACAGGGAAGGAGGGUCUGAGCUGCAGCAGGGCUGCUGUCAUCAACAUCUCCACCAAACUGGGCUCCAUCGGGCUGUGCCUCAGGGUGCCAGAGGCCCCCAUGUACCCUUACCGGGCCAGCAAGGCUGCCCAGAACAUGGUGACGAGGUGCUUGGCUGCAGAACUCCAGGACAAGGGGAUCUUAUGUGUGGCCAUCCAUCCUGGCUGGGUGAAGACUGACAUGGGCACAGAGGAGGCACCACUGACAGUGGAGCACAGCGUGAGGGGCAUCCUGACCGUGCUGGCCAGCCUCUCACAGGACACCUCUGGAGCCUUCCUCGACUGGGAAGGGAACAGCCUGCCCUGGUGAUGGACAAAUGGACGGCGCCUCCUGCCCAUGCUACAGUCUCUGCUCACUGGCUCACCACUCUGCAUGGUCACCCCUGCUCAACCUCAGCUCUCCGCACACUGCUGGGGAGAGGGAAUUGGCUUGGGAAACAGCCUCUCUCUCCUUCCCCAUGACAUGUGUUCUCUGUGAUCUCUUUGUACCCUGGCCUCUGUAAACUCUGGCAGCUGAUGUCUCUCUGCUCUGUCUCCACACCCAUUCUCAAACCUGCCCAUCUGAGCCUGGGGCGGGAUUCCCGUGCUCUGCCCGAGUGCUGUGUGUCCCUCUGUCCCAUCUGUGACCAGGCAUCCCCCAGCUGAGGGGAGAGGACAGCUGGUCCCUGUGACCCCCAGCCCCUCAGACAGCUCAGCCUGGGCGGGGGAAGGCCAGUCCUGCAGGGGCUUGGAAGAUCUCUCUCCUCUCAGGAGAGGGGCCCUGCUCCAGCUUCUCCAGUGUCUCCUGGAGGGGAGGUCUCCAGACGGCACUCACAGUGCCGUGGGACACUCAUGGGGAUGCCAGUGACAGCUGUGGGUUGAGGCCAGCUGUGGGCAUCACUGCAUCCCGGGAUGAAGAGCGGGAUAUCUGGGAAGGGGCCAUCUCAUGAGCUGGAAAUCCUCAACAGAGCUGGAGGCUCUCAGCAGGAGUUUAUUGAGGAUGUGGGACAGGUAGGAGCAGUGGCACAGGGCCCCUUCUGGCUGCCAGGAUUCUCAAGUGGUGUCUCACCAGGGUAUGACCUUCCCU